UAUAUAAAUAUUAUAUGUUAAGAGUUCGUAUAAAUUUAUUUGAUUCUCUGUAUUAUCGUUGUACUAUCAUUUUAACAAUCUUUAAGUAUUUUUCUAGUUAAUUACAUUGUACUUGUUAAUUAAAUUAACAUGUGUACUGCAAAAGUCUACACUAAGAAACAUGUGGAACCUACGUUCAUGAAAAAACUUAACAACUUCAUUCUAAGUUUGUUAAAAUGCCUUUUCAUUGAAUUCCACAGUUUAUUCGAUUAUGUAGUAACUUUUAUAUUUGAAUUAUGUUACGGGAGACAUGUAAGUAAAAUACCACCUGUUACGAAUCCUCUACUGCUGGAAAGUGCAUCUAAAUUAGCGGAGAAGAUUAGAUCAAAAGAGAUAAAGGCUGAAGUAGUCGUAAAAGCUUUUAUUGAAAGAUGUAAAGAAGUUGACAAAUACAUCCAUGCAAUAGUAGAAGAUAGAUUUAAAGAAGCAAUAGAAGAUGCUAAACAAAUUGAUUUUGAAUUAGAUGCCUAUAAAAAUAUGGAUGAUUUGAUACAACAAAAACCAUUUUUAGGUGUUCCAUAUACAACUAAAGAAAGUAUCAAAGCGGAAGGUUUAUUGCACACUAUGGGGAUGCUUAAUCGUAAAAAUCAUCGUUCAAAUGCAGAUGCAACAGUCGUUCAUAAUAUGAGGAGAGCUGGUGGUAUACUUAUUGCUAAAACAAACGUUCCAGAACUUAAUCAAUGGGUUGAAACGAGAAACAUCCUGUAUGGUCAGACAUGUAAUCCUUACAAUACAACCAGAACAGUUGGUGGAAGUAGCGGUGGUGAAGGUGCUAUUAUUGCGUCUUGUGGUUCAGCUAUAUCAAUUGGAAGCGAUAUAGGCGGAUCUACCAGACUUCCAGCAUUUUACAACGGAGUAUUUGGACUGAAACCUAGUGAAGGAGUGACAUCUUUGAAAGGAGUUGGAUUAAGAAAUGAAUAUUAUCCUGAAUCAAUGGCAGAAGUAGGUCCAAUUUGUAAAUUUGCUGAAGACUUAACACCGAUGUUAAAAGUUUUGGUAGGUGAAAAAAUAUCAAUGUUAAAACUAGAUGAUCCAGUGGAUGUAACAAAAUUGAGAAUAUUUUAUCAAAAAAGUUCUGGAGAUAUUAGAACCAGUAGAGUGUGUUCUUCGAUGCGUUCUGCAUUUGAUAGGACAGUAAAACAUUUUGAAGAAAUAACUAAGAGUCCUGCUACUAAGAUCAAAAUACCUGGUUCGGAAUACAGUUUUAGAUUAUGGAGAUAUUGGAUGACUCAAGAAAAAGCUGAUUUUAAGAUAGAUUUAACUAAUGGAAAAUCCCGUGCAGAUGCAGUAGAAGAAAUUAAAAAAUUACUGUUUAAUAAAUCCGAUAUAACAUUUCCCGCAUUACUUAAAUUAAUAGAUGCAGAUUUGCUUCCAAAAGAAAAUCCUGAAUGGGCUAGAAAUCUUACUGUCGAGAUAAGACAAUAUUUAUUGGAUAUUUUAGGAAGAAAUGGAGUCUUAAUUUAUCCUUCUGCACCAUUUCCUGCUGUUCAUCAUUAUUCUUCAUUUUUGAGACCAUAUAAUUUUUCUUAUUUUGCUCUCUUCAAUGUUCUCAAAUUUCCAGCAAUACAAAUUCCACUUGGAUUAGACUACGAUGGUUUGCCUUUGGGUAUUCAGGUAAUUGCAGCUCCAUACCAUGAUCAUUUAUGUAUCGCUGUAGCAAAAGAAUUAGAAACUGCAUUCGGUGGUUGGGUGCAACCACCCCCUUAAGUGUUUACAUUAAUAUUUUAUUAUCUUCUUUUUUUUUUGUAUAAGUAUUUACAAUUCUUAUUGGGUUUAAUUUUCUUUAUAUUGAUCUAUUCUAGGGAUAUUAUUUAAUAUAUAUGGGAAAGCUGUUUAUUAGUUUACAAGCUAAUAUUUAUUUAUUUUUAAUGAAGUUGUUUAGUUAUUACUAUCUUUAUUUUUUUUUUUUUUUCAUUUUUAUAUGUCAUGAUAUUAUACUAAAAAUACGAACAAAUAAUAAGAGAGAGAACAAAUAUAAGUUCAAUAAUGCGCAUACAGUUCGAUACUUCACGAAAUUAAUAAUUAUAAUUAUUAUUAUUAUUAUUAAAAUAUUUCUAUUAAUAAUUAUUGUUGAAAUUUCUAUUU